UAUGAAUGUUGUCAGUGGCAGUGGUGUGUAGAUUCUGAAUUCUGAAACUUUUGCCGACAGUUUAGCGAAGAUUUAGGAAUUUUGUUAUGCUUAGAUAACAAGUUGUCUGUGAAGUUUGUGGAAAGUUUCAGAUUGUUUUAUUUUCUUCUGUUAAGAGUAAAAUGGGUGGACUCAUUAGCUAUUUCAAAAAUCUUCUUGGAAGUCGAGAAAUGCGUAUCCUUAUUCUAGGUCUAGAUGGUGCUGGUAAAACCACCAUACUAUACCGUCUACAAGUUGGGGAAAUUGUCACUACUAUUCCAACAAUUGGCUUUAAUGUAGAACAAGUGACCUAUAAGAAUCUGAAAUUUCAAGUGUGGGAUUUAGGAGGACAGACUUCUAUCAGGCCCUAUUGGCGGUGCUAUUAUUCCAAUACAGAUGCAAUUAUUUAUGUAGUUGAUAGUGCUGACAAGGAUAGGAUUGGAGUAUCUAAACAUGAAUUGGUGUCGAUGUUGGAGGAAGAUGAACUUAAGAAAGCAAUUUUAGUUGUAUUGGCGAAUAAGCAAGAUAUUGAAGGUGCUUUGACAGUUGCAGAGGUACAUCAGGCUUUAGGCUUAGAUGCGCUUAAGAGUAGAACGUUUCAAAUCUUCAAAACCUCAGCUGUUAAAGGAGAAGGUUUGGAAGAAGCUAUGGAAUGGUUAUCAAACAUGCUUACUAAUAACAAGUGAAUUUCUAGAACAAAAUACUACAGCAUAAGUAUUUAUCUGUUGUAAAAAUGGACUUCAUAUUUUCCUGACAGAUGUAAAAUAUAUAUUCGCCCAUGGCUUCCAGUGGGUUUUUUUUUACUUUUUCAAACAUUGUUCCAUGUAUAAAAGCUUAAAGGCCUUUAAUGUAUAUAUCUAGUCACAAAAAUAUCAGCUUCAUCAUCAGUCAUCAUUUAUCAUCUUUCUGGAAUUUUUAGAUACAAAUUAUUACACUGGAAAUCGUUGUUUAUAUUCUUACUUGGCCUGCACUUUUCUACUGUUGAAGAAAAGAGAGAAAAAAGUUUUUAAUUCAUGAAAUAAUUUAAUGUUUCUUACGUCUUCACAAGAAACAAAAGUAAUAUAAUUUUAUUGUGCAUUUUAAAAUUUCUUCCUAAUCCUAGCAUCAAAAUAUUAUUUAUACUAGUAGCUUUUGAUGGUUAGCUUCGCUUGGAUUUGCAGCACCAAAUUAUGUGUAGCAGUUAUUUGCAUGUAACAUAUAUUUGAAAUUUUCAUUUUUCCUUAAAAUAUGUAUUUAUCCAUUCAAAUUGCGUCAAAAGAUACAAUAGAACUGAAAUAAUUUUCAUUCUAUUAAAAUUCCUCUUUUACUUAGUAAAAAUGUAUUUUACUAGAACAUGAACCAUCUAUAACCUUUGUAUUGUUGGAAAAAACUAUGUUGGUCUUGUUAAGAAUUUCUUUUCUCAUGUUUUAUUAAAACAUACUUUUCGUGCAAAGAUCUCCAGUCUCAAAUCUUAAAUAAGGAGAUGCUUAAAAUUGAAAGUAUUGUAUUCAAUAUGUUAAUUUAUAUUACUAAUUGCAAGUGUUUUUAAGUUGACACUAGUAUUAACUUUAGCAUAUUUUUUGUACUUCUAUGCUUAAUCGUCUAAGCUGGCUUACAGUUUGUCGAAACAUUACUAUCAUUCAGAUUUUCUAGUUGAGGAUGACAAGUUUUUGAAAUGUAUGUUUUCCAAAACUUAAAUCUCACAGGAAUGUUUAACCUUUCUUUAAAGUAUGUAUUUAUCUGUACAUUAUUUAAAAAGACUCCCUUCUCCAAAAGUAAUGGUUGUUUUAGGCAGCUUUUUUGACAAAUGAUCUGCUCUAAAAAUAUUUUAGAGUAAUUUUUGAAAAUAAUUUUAAGUUUAUAUAUUUUAGAGUAAAGGUUACUGUAAAAGUAAAUUAGCAAUGAUGACUCCCUAAGCUAUAAACAAAAGAUAAAAAAAGCUGAUACAUAUUGUUGGAAUGCAGUUAAUCAAAGAAAAGAAUAUUUAGGGGAUACAUAAUUAAUUAAUACAACAUUUUUCAUUAGUAUAAACUUCACAACAACAGACUUAUGCAUGAUAACUGUUACAUCCAGGAGGAUCAACACCAAUGUUAAAUGAUAUCACACAAUACACCACUAAGUUUUUCUUUUCAAACCAACAAAUCCAACAUUGCAUGGCAUAAAUUUCAAGGAAAAUUGUAUACUACGCAUGUUUUGGAGUUACAGGGCUAUUAUAAGGAUAUUUAGCUUAGUGGCAAUAACUUAGCUGAAAUAAGACUCCAUAUUCUAUGAAUGUACAAGUCAAAUUUUAUGUUAUUUUCUGACCAGUGUAUUGUUUCUUAGUAUUUUAAAAUCUGAAAUGCAUGUACAGACAAGGUGAUAAUAAUAGAGAUAUUCUUAAUUGAAAUAAAUGCAAUGAUUUAUCAAAAGUGAUUAUGGCUUUUUAAGGAAUUUAAAAUUCCUUUCAGCUGAGAACAAAUUGUUUUUAUAGUUUUGAUUUUUGUAUUGAUGUGUGUUAUUUCUCCAAUAUUUGAAACUAUGUAUUUUAUUUAUAAUUUAAAUAAAAAUGGCGAUUUCCCUUGUAA